CCCCCUCCCCCUUCCUUCUAAAUUGUUUCCUCAACUCAAUUGAGCCUCAAAGCCUGUUGCCUGCUUGUCUUGAGCAGCUGGAAUGACUCUGGACUGAAGGAGCAGGCAAGGAGCAUGACUUGGGACCGUGGAAGGGUCUCAGCCUCCAGAAGGGACAUCCCAUCUGUGUCACCUGCAGUGCUGGCAGCCAGGGCCAUUUAACUCCACCUCAGAUGGCUGCCUGCAGCCUGCCUCUGGGACUGUGGCUGCUGCUGCUGCUCCAGGACAUCCAGACCACCCCACAGCCGUCAUUAACCCCACCUCAUUCCUGUGAUACACGAGAUAAUUGGUUCUAUGAUGAAACUUCACAAAACUGCUGUUACCAGUGUCCCUCAGGCUAUGUUAAAAAGAAAGCAUGUCCUCGGGAUCCAUCUGAAGACUGCAUGACAUGUGGGCCUAAUGAGUAUUUGAGCAAUGAAUCCCAAAAGCCACGAUGUGAUGCUUGUGUGUCAUGCUUAAAAGAGCUGGACCUGGUGGAGAAGCAGCCCUGCUCCCUCAGCUCCGGCCGCGUGUGCGAGUGCCGCCCGGGGCUCUUCUGCCGGCUCCCCGUGCUCAACAGCUGCUCACGCUGCCAGCACCACUCUGCUUGCAAGCCUGGCUUUGGAGUCAAAAUCAGGGGCACCGCAAAGAAUGAUGUCACGUGUGAAGAGUGCCCUCCUGGGACCUUCUCUGAUCAAAGCUCCAGCACAGACGUCUGCAAACCCCACACCAACUGUGCCAAGCUGAACAAAGUAACGCUAAGGAAAGGAAAUGCUACUCACGAUCAAGUUUGCCUGGACCAGUUGCCCACUUACCUCACCCCAAGCACUUUGUCCAUGAGAUUCAGCAAUGAAACAAAUAACUUUGACCUGAGGAUGUUUAAGGAGAGCCUGGUGACCUCGGCUAGUGGUGACCCUCUAAGUGUCACAACAGCUGAAAAUCCCAGCUCAACUCCUGAGGAGAAAGCUCAGGCUGGCACUUCUCCCACCUCAGCCAAGGGGAAGAUGACAAUAGGAGGUGUGGUGCUCUGGGCAGUGGUUCUCUCCGUGGCAGUGCUCCUUGGGGCCAUGCUGGCGUUUUGGAAAUGGAAGGUUUGCAAGAAGAGGAUCCUGGUGCUCAGAAGAAAGCCACACCUGCAGGCGGUCAUCGCACACAAAUACGUGCUCAAACCUCAAGGUUCGGAUCUUGUGAACAAAUGUGCAGUAAGUGUGAGCAAUAUUCCAAAACAGAUCACUUCCCAUGCCAAAAAGAUCAAACUGACCACUGACACUGGGCUAGAAGAGGAGGAGUUAAUUGACAGAGCCCUUCCUUUGGAAACCAACAAUAACUUGGUGUCCAGCUCAGAAAAAGCCCAGAGUCCUCCUCGGAGUGUGGCUGAUGUGGCUCCAAGCAGUGGGAAUGCCCCAGAUUGCCCUGUGGAUUCUCGAGUCAGAGACCACACAAACAACAGAAUUGAAAAACUCUACAUCAUGAAGGCCGACACUGUUAUCGUGGGGACUGUUUCAGAAGUGCCCAGUGGCAAGAACUGUGCUGUUAAAGGGUGUGACAGUAACCUCGAUGCCCAGGAAAGCAAGGAAGAGGAGCUGGAAAUGCACUACCCAGAGCAGGAGACAGAGUCCUUUCCAGGGAAUGAUGUGAUGGUGCCUGUGGAAGAGGAGGGAAAGGAAUUUCACCACCCUACCACUGCCACUGAGAAGUGACAGCCCACAGAGACAGCGUGGACAUACAGAAGCACCAGUGUGACACUAAGGCAGAAUUUAGGACAAGGGAGGUAAAACACACCUUAGAUUAUUGGGAACCUCCUGGAAAACACUGAAACACUCAAACAAGGAGUUAGCACCUCUUUCAUCUCACAAAGGAGAGGAUCACCCAAACUGUUGGCCUUCACAGCUGACACCAAAUACUUCUAUUUCCCUGUCUCCCAGUGUCAUACUGACAACAAAUUUGAAUCAAAGCUGCAUGAUUUAGAGGACAUCUGGAUGUCAGCUGAAGUUUCAGAGCUUGCUUUCUCAGUGUGAAGGAAUGGAUUGAAAUCUAUGUCUGGUUACUUCUAUUAGCUGUGAAAAUUCUGGCCAGGAUU